AUGAUAGUUACGUGCAGACAGUGCAGAAGAAGCAUAGGAAAUAACAAAUGGGAAAUACACAGCAAGUGCACGAAUCUGCUGUCAGACGAGAGGAUAGCAGGCACCAAAAUGGAAGAGCAGCAGGAGGGAAGAAUACACUGCGAGCACUGCAACAAAGUGCUGGGCCGGUUUAAAUGGCACGGCGCAAAGUGCAUGUGUGGCAGAUGGGUUUUCCCGUACAUAAGCAUACACAAGAGCAAUACAGAUAUAGUAGGAUAG